UAACAUACAUACUGAAUAUACACUUACCCUCCGUCAAAGAAUGUGGGUAAUAAUAGUUUAUCUCUCGCGCGGCGUGAUAGAGGCUCAAGCGUCCACAGAACACAGACACUGAACCCAAACCCCCAGAAUGGCGACCAAGGGCCUGGACCAUUGGGGAGACAUCUUGGUGGUGGUUGUGUACUUUUGCUUCAUCCUUGGCAUUGGGAUAUGGUCUCUGUGCAGACCAAACCGUGGAAAUGUAAACAGUUAUUUUCUGGCUGGCCGAGCAAUGCCCUGGUUUGCUGUCGGAGCAUCUGUGUUCUCUAGUAACAUCGGCAGCGAACACUUUGUGGGCUUGGCCGGGGCCGGGGCCUCCUCGGGGAUAGUUCUGGUGCUCUACGAGUGGUUUGUGAUUUUCGAGAUUUUGGCCUGUGCCUGGAUGUUCCUUCCCGUCUAUAUCUCGGCAGGGGUGUUUACGUUACCUGAGUACCUGCAUAGAAGACAUGGGCGGGGCAGAAUCAGGGUCUACCUCAGCUGUCUGGCUCUCGUACUUUACAUCCUCUCCAAGCUCGUGGUGAGCAUUUUCUCGGGUUCAAUGUUCAUCCAGAUGGCUCUAGGAUGGAAUAUGUACGCCUCCAUUAUCGCUCUUUUGGUUGUCACCGGCAUAUUUACCGUGUUAGGUGGACUGACUGCGGUGAUGUACACAGACACGUUCCAAACGGCCAUCAUGAUGAUUGGGGCUGUCAUAGUAACCGGUUACGGUUUUAACGAAGUUGGUGGAUAUUCCAACCUUCAAACAAAGUACAUGAACUCUGUUCCGUCCGUCCGUAAUGAGAAUACGUCGUGUGGUCUGCCAAAGCAGGACGCCUUCCAUUUAUUUCUGGACCCUGUUGACAGCGACUAUCCUUGGCCGGCCAUCGUGCUUAUGUCAACGGUCGGGGCAGCCUGGUACUGGUGCUGCGACCAGAUGAUCGUACAAAGGUCUUUGGCCGCCAAAAACCUCUCCCAUGCUAAAGGGGGAUCGAUCUUAACAGGAUACUUCAAACUCUUACCGUUAGUCCUGCUGAUCUUCCCUGGAAUGAUCAGUAGAGUCCUGUACCCAGAUGAUGUGGCGUGUACGGACCCGACUGUUUGUGAGGCUGUUUGUGACAACCCUGUUGGGUGCUCCAACAUCGCCUACCCAAAACUCGUCUUGGAGCUUCUUCCAUAUGGAUUGCGGGGACUGCUGAUGGUUGUCAUGUUCUCGGCUGUGAUGAGUUCCCUCACGUCCAUCUUCAACAGUUCUAGUACAAUCUUUACCAUGGACAUCUGGAGACGAAUUAGAAAAGAGGCCACUCAGAGGGAACUGCUAGUGGUGGGACGUGUAUUUGUUGUGUUUAUGUGUGGGGUCAGUGUUCUCUGGGUCCCGAUCAUCAAGUCCUCCUCUGGGGGGAAACUCUUCACUUAUAUGACCGCUGUGGAGGGCUAUAUUGCAGCACCUUUAGGAAUAGUUUUCCUUUUCUCUAUUUUCUGGACAAAAACAACGGAACCUGCGGUCUUCUUUGGAUUAAUCAUUGCAAAUAUCGUAGGCGGAAUACGUCUUGUUCUAGAAUUUGUCUACCCAACGCCAUCAUGCGGUGAAUUUGACGAGAGGCCUCAGAUUCUGUCUAAGAUGAAUUACCUGUACUUUGGCGUGAUGCUGUUGUUCAUCACAGCGAGUGUCAUCGUAGUGGUCAGCUUGUUAACAUCUCCAAGAAAUCCCGAUGAGCUGAAGGGAGUCACGUGGUGGACCCGUUACGGUCAGGAAACAUCAGGGGAGGCAAUCGAAUGUACUAAUUCAAAUGUCAACAACGAUAUUACUCUAGGUACCCAAAACAGAUUAGAGGCAGACACAGAAGACAAAGAGGAGAAGACUGCUUGUCAAAAGAUCCUGACUGUUCUGUUCGGAAAAACAGACGUUCAUCAAGUGGAGGAAUUUCAGGUGGAAAAACGCCGGAAGUUUCUCAUGCAGGGGAAGAAUUCUAGCACCCUUCUUAAUAUAAACGCUAUUUUGUUAAUGGUUCUUAUUGCAUUUCUUACUGGAUAUUUUAGUUAGAACCCUUUUCUUUAUGAUCAUUUUAUCCACUAGAUGAAUUAGAAACAUUUACACUAUAGCCCAUCUAAUCAUUCAUUUUCCCUCAUUAAUCAACCCUUUCCAUGUGCAUUUAAAAGUAAAUGUAUUUUUGUAUCUUGCUAUUAAAAAAAAUAAAAAUAAAAACACCCAAA